GCUGCUCGCGCUCAGACUUCAUUCUCUCUUUCGCUGUUCACGCAGAGGAGCCCGAAGCUGUAAGAUGGCCAGGACCAAGCAGACUGCCCGUAAAUCCACCGGAGGAAAAGCUCCCAGGAAGCAGCUCGCCACCAAGGCUGCCCGUAAAAGCGCCCCGGCUACCGGAGGCGUGAAGAAGCCCCACCGUUAUAGGCCCGGGACUGUUGCUCUCAGGGAGAUCCGCCGCUACCAGAAAUCCACCGAGCUGCUGAUCCGUAAGCUGCCCUUCCAGCGCCUGGUCAGGGAGAUCGCUCAGGACUUUAAGACAGACCUGCGCUUCCAGAGCUCCGCCGUCAUGGCUCUGCAGGAAGCUAGCGAGGCUUACCUGGUCGGUCUGUUUGAGGACACCAACCUGUGCGCCAUCCAUGCCAAGAGGGUCACCAUCAUGCCCAAAGACAUCCAGCUUGCCCGUCGCAUUCGCGGAGAGAGGGCUUAAUCUGAUCUGAGACCAGUUUACACCAAACACAACGGCUCUUUUAAGAGCCACGUACACGCACUCAGAGCAGCGGUUUACAGCACAGACUAUCACCUGGCCCUCAGUGCUGUUUGGAGUCUGCUGCUCGCUAACAGCGCAUGCAGUGUGGGUUAGUGUUGAUUGUACUGUAUUACUACACAGGUGUGUAGCGGUGCAGGCCCAGCGCAGUUGCGUUUGAGUGGUUCCAGGACUGCAGAGUUCAUAAGCAGCUGGAUGGAGACACUCUGAGGUUUCAGCUUGGAGGACAAAGUUUCACUGAGCCAGGCUUUAAACCUCAUGUUCUCCCUAAAAGUGUUUUAUAUGAACACAGAAGUUUGGGGAGGGGAGAAAACUAAAGCUCCAGCUCAAUAUAAAAUAAACCGUCUUGCAUGGCAGAGAUGUGCAAUAAGAACAGAGCCAUGGCUCAGUGUCUCGCAGCCUCAAUAUGCACUUCAAGUCAUUUAUAAUUAAAUGAUCAUUGUAACCUGUUUGAUCUGCUGCUCAGACGUUUUGCUCCAAUCAUUAAACUGCUGUUAAAUAAAAGC